GUCACCAGUGUUGUAGUGACAACCAGUUCCCUAAUUUUUCUCUCUUAGUGUCCAAAGGAUAUAUCCACAGGCAUGUUUGCCCGUCUUCGCAGGUGCUUUGUUGAUGGAGAAGAGUCUAGAGAGAAGCAAACGAAAGCUGAAAGUAAUGAUGGACACAGGACGUGGUCAUGUGGAAUGUGGAAGGCCUGAAGACAAACGUCAUCCCCUGAAACUGUCCUAAACAAGGUGCAGGCCAACGAGGAAGAGGAGAGGCUGUUUAGAGAACUCGAGCUAACUACCAAGGAGAGAAAUGAGCUGACAGAUCGCCUCCUUUAUGUGACAGGUGGAUACAUGAACAAGAGCUCCUACUUCAGGCCAAAUCCAUUUUAUGAAAAAUUGAAGAUAAAGAAGAAAGAGGUAAUGUCAUUACUGCACAACUUAGACACAAACAACAUUGAACAUCGUGAGAAAUUUCAGGAGCUCAAGAAGGAGACUAACUUCUAUCACAACCUGCACAGCCGGCUCCUGAUGGACCAGGCAUGUAUGAAGAAGUUGGUCACAUUGAAGCAGGAGAGCAAGGAGGUACAGCGAUAUUUGUCUGAGUUGAACCCGAAUGAUGAAGACGAACAGGAGAAGACCAGCAACCUCCAGACCCAGCAAAAUUUGUAGGAACAAGCAGCUGAGUCAGAUUAACAAUGUCUGAUACCAUUUGCCUAUUGGAUACAUCUUUGCUUUCCCCUAUCACCUUUCUAAUCUCCCCACACCCAAUCAGUCACCCACCUCAUGUGACAGAGUUAUUCAUUGCUCUGUCUAUGCACAAGUAUUCUGGGAAGUUAACCACUCUUCAGACACUGAAUUAUGGGCAAGUACACUUUUCUGCCCUUUUUGAAACUGCAGUCCAGAAAUAGUGACAGAGGAAUAACAUAUCACAUUACUGCAUCUCCCUGUCAUAGAUUGGAUGCUAUGAAGAGUUUUGAACAAAUUCUUGGUCCUCUGACAAAGGUCAUACAGGGGUCAUGUGAUGGUUGGAAGCACCUUGUAGGGAUAAGAACCAAGUGCAAAUGGCAAAUGAGUCCUGGUCAUUGGCUUUGAUCUGGGUAUCAUGUGGCCUUCUCCUUUCUUCCUGCAACUCAAAUAGGUCUCUCCCCAUUUCCCCGUUCUUGGUUUGCACUGGUAGAAGUCUGAGCAGCAGCUUGUUAUCCCACAGUACUGUGAGGGUUGCUGGUGAUUUUCCCCAGCCUGCAGAGAUAUCAGCAAUGAUUUCAGUGAAAAGAUCAGUGCUGUCUGUCCAAUGCAGCUGAAGGGACAGAAGGCAGCAACUUGAGAGCUGGUAUGCGUGU